AUAAGUCAAGUUUCGUAUCCGAGUAUCAUGUAUAUUUUGUUCUUUUUUUUACUCAUAAAUGGCAAGAUACAAUAAGUGCAAUAAUAAAUUAUUACAGAUCAUUGAUUGAUUAUGACUUGCUUUUUGCUAGGUCAUCAUUCAUCACUUAUGAUUGUUGUAAUAAAAAAAAUGCAACAGAAAUGAAAAAUUGAAACGGAUUAUUUAUUACUGAUAACAUAACCGAAUUACUUGCAUCAUUUCAACAACUGAAUAAUAGGCCAGUUUUGACUCAAGUGAUUCCAACAAUACAUAAAGUUAUUUUCUUUGCACAUUAAUCAUUUGGAUUCUACACAUUUAAACUUGAAAUAACAUGUGUGGUAUUAUUUGUAUAUGUCUAAAUAGUGAAAGUAAUCAGAAAAAUUUAGAAAAUAUUUUUGGGAUUUUUAAAGAAAGUAUUAAUAAACGUGGGCCAGAUUGGUUUGGAACAAAUACUUAUUAUUCUAAAAACUAUCACCUCCUGUUUGCUGCAAGUGUUCUUUGGUUGCAAGGAAAAUAUAUGGCAAAACAACCUCUACAAGACGAUAGAUAUGUAAUCAUCUACAAUGGGGAUAUUUUUGGAGGUCUAUCGAGUGAAUUGACUUUAGAAGAAGGUGAUACCAAAGUACUAUUUAGGUUAAUGCAUAAUACUAGUAACAUAGCUACAACCUUGGCACAAUUACAAGGCCCUUAUUCUUUUAUAUAUUUUGAUAAAAUUGAAGAAAAGUUAUACUUUGGACGUGACAUAUAUGGAAGACGAAGUCUACUUGUAGGAAAACAUAAUGAGGCGAUAAUUUUGACUAGUGUAGCUAAAAGAGCAAGAGAAUACGAUUUCAUUGAAUUACCAUCUAUUGGAACUUUUUCUUUGGACAUGAAAACAAAUCAACUGCUUAUAUUUCCAUGGAAGCAUUGUAAUCCAAAUUUCGACAGCAAAUUAACAGAACUCAAAGAAUUUCUAAAGAAAGAUAUAGUUAUUGUUGAACAUGAAUUAGGAAAUAGUGAUUAUAUAAAAUUUGUAGAACCUAGCAGUGAACAACUACAUUUUUAUAAAAAUAUCACAAGUAGUGAGUCUAGAAACAUUUUUGAAAAAUUAAUAAAUAUUCCAGAUUGGUUAAAUAGGAUAUUAGUACUGAAAAAUCUACUUGAAAAUUCAGUAGAAAAAAGGAUAGCCAAUCAGCCAAAGUAUUGUAAAAACUGUAUAAGUGAAAAGAAAACUUGUCGCCAUUCAUCGACAGGUGUUUUAUUCUCAGGUGGGAUAGAUUGUGCAAUUCUGGCACUUUUGGCAGAUAAAUUUGUAGAUAAAAGUAGACCAAUUGAUCUUAUUAAUGUAGCUUUUAAUGAAUCCAAUAAUUAUCAAACACCCGAUAGAUUAACAAGUAUAAAAACAUUAGAGGAGCUGAGACAGUUAAGACCAGAAAGAGAAUGGCAUUUUCUAGAAGUUAACGUACCGAAAGAAGAACUAAACGACGCAAGAGACAAGUAUAUAGCUGACUUAGUGUAUCCCUUGACGUCUAUUUUAGAUGACAGCUUAGGAUGUGCUCUUUGGUUUGCUAGUAGAGGAAAACAAGAAACCGUGAUGUCUACAUGUAGGGUUCUGGUUGUUGGAAUGGGGGCAGAUGAAUUAUUUGGUGGUUAUACUAGACAUCGUGGAGCUCUCAAAAAGAAAGGUUGGCUUGGUUUACACAAUGUUUUGCUUGAAGACUGGCAAAAUUUACCAUAUCGAAAUUUAGGCAGAGACGAUAGGGUAGUUUCAGAUCAUGGAAGACAACUUCGAACUCCUUACUUAGACGAAAACUUUGUUCAAUAUGUUCGUAGCCUAAAUUCUUGGGAGAAAACUUUCCCAUCUGAAGACAUACCGCAGGGAAUUGGAGAGAAAAUAUUGUUAAGAAGUUUAGGUUAUUACUUGGGACUUAAAAACGCUUCUGCCUUUAAAAAGAGGGCUUUACAGUUUGGUUCAAGAAUUGCAAAUCGAAAAGAAAAGGCUCACUAUGUAUCCAAAAGGCUCUGCAGUUGAAAAUUAAGACAUUCGAUGAUAUUCCUUAUCAGAAUUGAAUUACCUCAAAAAUUAAGUGGAUUGUAAAUAAAAUAGAUACAAGAUAGAAAUGAAUUGAAAUUUAAGUAAAAAUGAAUAUCGUAUAAGUGACAAA